AAGGCAAAAAACUGUAAACAAACGCGUGAUCGGCCUGCACGUGUUUUCUGCUUGCCACAAACGGUUAGCGUUGUAUCGAAUAUCGCACCUCGAGAGUUGCACGGCUAUUGUUGGGAAAGCAAAAUGGAGGAAACAAAACGGACGGACGAGUCUACAAAUGGCGAACCAGUGGGGGCAAGCAUAGAUACGCCACAAGAAGCGAGUAACUCCUGCAGCGACAGCACCACCAUUGUUGCACCAGCGGCAGAACACGAUGGCGGGAAAACUGAACCGAACGAGGGCACACUGAUGGAGGAGAAACCUGUUGAACCAGCGAUUGAAUCAAAUCGAGGAGUGAACGAUCCGGCACGGGACAGUGCUGAUGAACCAAAAGCAGGUGAACCGAAAGAAGCCACAAGCGAAGGAGUGGUUGCCGUCGAAUUGCAUUUGGAUGAGCCUGUAGAAACGCCUGUCGGAAGUGCGGCAGCAGGCGCAGAACUCCCAGCAGAACCUAAAACGGUUGAAAUAAGCGUUGAAAAGGAAGUUAAGGAAACUGUGGAUGAGACCAAAUCCACCGAAGAGCCUGAGAAAGAUUCAGCACCCAGUAAAGAGCCACCUUCCACAAUGGAAUUUGUCGCUCCGGCACCCGUUGGUCAGGCGAUGGAUGUAGAGGACCAUACGGCAGCACCCGUGCCGGUCGCAGUUGUCUCCAUUCAGGAACAGAUCGCAGAAGAGCAAAAGCUCGAGACGGAAGCGGUGGAAAAGAUCGCCAACAGCUCACUCUCAAUGCUGUGCCAGUACUCGGGCAGUUCCGAUUCGGAGGCGGAAGAUACGGACGCAUCCAACGUGGUUGUCGUUGGUUCGAAAGCCAGCUCCUCGUCGUCAUCCUCGUCGGACGAUAGCGAUGUGGAAAUAACGAAGGAAACUCCCGCAAUGUCUGCCGGGGGCUAUCGCAUGCAGGAUGAUCCAAUAUUGGUCAGUGAUGCGGAAACGAUGGAUACCAACGCUGCCUCAUCGGAGGACGAAGAGGACGAACCGAUCAAGGGUCCGAUACGUACUGCGGGUGAGAUACUGCCACACGAGUUGCCCCCGAUCGAGGAGCUGACCAUCACCGUCCCGGAGACGGAGUGUAAACCGAUCGGGCACAUCGAAUCGAUCGUGGCACAGAUCGUGCUGGUACAGUCGGUGCCCGGGGCCGAGCUGCUCAACCUUGACACCGUCCUGUUUCUCGACCGGGGUCAGCGAGCGCUCGGCAAAAUAUUCGACGUCAUUGGCCAGGUAAAUCAGCCCAUCUAUUGCGUACUGUUUAACUCGAACCAGGAAAUAUUGAGCAAAAACAUAACGACCGGCAUGGAGGUGUUUUGCGCACCGCGAACGGAGUACACGUCGUUUAUCAUACUGUCCGAGCUGAUGCGCACCAAGGGGUCCGAUGCGAGCUGGAUGAACGAUAACGAAAUCCCAUCGUACAUGGCGGAACAUUCGGACGAUGAGGCGGAACGGGCGGCGAAACGGAAUCGCAAAAAGAAUGCAGCCAAUCGGCAGCAGGCUGCAGGUGGGGCACAAAAUGAUGACGAUGCCGGUAGCGAGAUGGGCGAUGAGCAGCAGCAGCAGCAGCAACACUAUCGAAAUCCUAGACAGCCGCCUCCGUCCACCUCGAGACCACAGUACCAGCGGGGUAACGGGGGAAGACAGUUUAAUCCGCGCUACCCGUCCGGUCCGUCCAGCUGGCACCACAAUUACAAUCCACGGUACGGUCAACCGCAACAGUAUCGGCCACGGUUUCCACCGCGUAACCAACAAUUCCAGCAGCAGCAGCACUACCAGCACCAUCAGCACCAUCAGCAUCAGCAGUAUCAGCAACAGUAUCAGCAGCAGCAUCAGCAGAUACCGCACAUGCAACCACCACCCCAAGGCAUGGUACUGCCGAAUCCGUUUGCUAACCAGGGCCCACCAAGGCAACCGCCACCGGGACCGUACUAAUGCACGGCAGGAUGUAAGUUACAUUUGUUUUAAAAUUAGGAUUAGAAUUUGAAUUAUUCGCAGAAUUUAAGGUUGAAGAAUUACUGAUGCAUUAUUUCAUGUACAGAAAUAUUGGUUGAACUUUAGGGGAGAAAAAUCGUUUUCAAAUUUUACCACAUUUUAUGUUGUGAGCGGCCAGACCGCCACCUACUAUUGGAAUUUAAUUCAUUUUAACUAGCAUUAGGUUACAUAUGAAAACCUUUUUGUAUAUUAAGUGCAAUUAGUUACUAUAGCAGCAAAAUUUUGGUCAACAAAAUCAGGAGACAGUCAGAACAACGGUUCAUCAAACAGAACAAAUCAGUAGCUCUUAGUCAGAAACCCAGAAUGGGCAUCAUCAUCAUUAACAUGUUUUUUUUUUUCUAGCUAAAAUAGUAAAUUAAAUAUCUUAGAAAUAGAUUGCAA